CCAUAAUACCUCCCCUGGCUUCACCGCUUACUUCAGUCCUCCACCCCGGGAGUCUGGUUGGCGAAAGCGGAGCUGCUCAGGUUAAAUAUCUGAACCGGGAAGAAUGGGUCGGAAAGCUGGUACCUUAUACAUAAAUCCAAAGAAAUUUGGGGGUCUACAAAAGCCUUGCUUGAAGGAAACAAUGACAUUUCUAAAUUGUAUGGCUCUCAACAAUAACAAAGAUGAUCACUGUGAACGCCAAAAGAAGCUUUUGAGCGAUUGCAUGGAUGCUCAGGCUGGUAAAAAUAAGAAGCCAUGGGGCAGCAUUAAUUAUCAAUUGCAGAGGCUUAUGAGGGGAAGAAAAUAGUUCCUUUUAACAUAUCUAGUCUAUUGGCCUUCUUUAGUUCUUAUUUUGUUGUCUGCGAUUCUUGUCGCUUGAGUUGAUCAGGCAGUGUUUUUCAUUUUCUUGUAAGCUAGAUGAUGCUUAUAACAUUACCAUCACAGCUUUCCCUGUUGCUUUUUCUUUUAGCGAUUGUUCUUCUGAUGGGUAUUUUCAUAGAUGAGCCAUAGGGAAUUAUAUUAGCAAGCCUACACUUGAAUCCACCGGUAAGACAGGUUAUUGAUUCUGUGAUAAACAACGCCUUGCCGGUCAAAAAUUUUAUUGUGCAGAUUUGGCAGUCCUGUUACUGUAA